AUGGCAGCUACAGCAAGCGCAAACGCAACAUCCACAUCUAAUAGUAGAUGGUGGUGGAAAAAGUCAUCAAAUACGAAAUCGAAAGAGGUACAGUCCUCUAUCAAGAGCAGCGUCCCUUCUAGCCUCAACGGUGCUGACGAGGAUGCCUCCAUGUUUUCACUUUAUUCUUAUGGCGAAUCGUUGUUUGCACCCUCUCCUGUUCGCAACAUUUCUUCUUCCAUCCGUGCUCAGCAUACCAAGUCCGAAUAUUCUGGCAUAUCCGACGUAGAGUCAACUGCUUCCAUCAUAAGUAAACCAUGGAUAUCCAGAAAUAUAAUAGCCCAAGAGAGUGAUCAGCCUUUGAAACAAGACGAGGAAGCAAACAAUAGUGAAAGCGAUGUCGACUCAUUUGUAUCUAGAUCAGUCUCAUAUCCCCUAACGAAUAACGCAUCCUCAUCAGCAGAGAUUUUAGACUAUUCUAAAAUAUCUAUGGAAAAUCUAUCUUCGACUGCGCCCAUGCCCUCUUCUACACCUAGACGAAGAAGCAGUUUGGUGGAAUACAUUGUAAACAAGCCUUUGCACGGAAAACUUAAGGCUGGUUUUGGACGUCUUGUUGGAAACAAGAACCACAACUAUAGUCAUAAUGACAGUAACCAGCAACAAGGAGGGCUAUCUUCCUCAGCGUCAUCAUCUGAAGCAGCCAUCAGAAGAAGAAGCUUCGGAUAA